AGAGCGGCCGGCCCCGCGCUGUGAUUGGCGGAGGCGGGGGCCGGGGAGGAGGAAGGUUCUGGAGAGCUGUGGCGAGCUCUGGAAGGUUCCGCCACCCGCCGUAUAAAUGGGGGGAGGCGGCGGCCGCGGCGGCGGAGUGAAGAGCGCCACUGACAGGGUCUGAGUGGCCCGGCUGGUUGUCAUGGGCAAGGACUAUUAUCGCACGCUGGGCCUGGCCCGCGGCGCCUCGGACGAUGACAUCAAGAAGGCCUACCGCAAGCAGGCGCUGCGCUACCACCCCGACAAGAACAAGGACCCCGGCGCGGAGGAGCGCUUCAAGGAGAUCGCCGAGGCCUACGACGUGCUCAGCGACCCCAAGAAGCGGGAGAUCUUCGACAAGUUCGGCGAGGAAGGACUAAAGGGAGGUGGUCCCAGCAGUGGUGGAUGUGCCAAUGGUGGUAACUCAUUCAGCUACAGCUUUCAUGGAGAUCCUCAUGCUAUGUUUGCAGAGUUUUUUGGUGGGAGGAACCCAUUUGAUACCUUUUUCGUACAAAGGAAUGGAGAUGAAGACAUGGAUGUUGAUGACCCUUUCUCCACUUUUCAGAUGGGGGGCUUUAGUAACAUGGGCUUCUCUCGCGCCCGCUCGGGCCAUGAAAGUAUACGCAAAAAACAAGACCCUCCUGUCAUUCAUGAUCUGAGGGUUUCCUUGGAGGAGAUAUUCACUGGCUGCACCAAGAAAAUGAAAAUCUCUCACAAACGACUCAAUACGGAUGGCAAGACCACACGGAAUGAGGACAAGAUUCUGACCAUUGAAGUCAAACGAGGGUGGAAAGAAGGAACAAAGAUUACUUUUCCCAAAGAGGGAGACCAAACAGCAAACAACAUUCCAGCUGACAUUGUCUUUGUUUUAAAAGACAAGCCACACAAUGUCUUUAAGAGAGAUGGCUCUGAUAUUAUUUUCCCAGCUAAGAUCAGCCUCCGUGAGGCCCUGUGUGGUUGCACCGUGAAUGUGCCGACGCUGGAUGGCAGAACCAUUCCAAUGGUAUUUAAAGAUGUCAUUAAACCUGGGAUAAAGCGGCGAAUCCCUGGAGAGGGCCUCCCAUAUCCCAAGAAUCCAGACCAGCGAGGGGACCUUAUUAUAGAAUUUGAAGUAAAGUUUCCAGACAGAAUUCCACAGGCUUCCAAAAGUGUCCUAGAGCAGAUCCUACCAAUAUAGCAAGUCUGCUCACAGAGAACUGAAAUAAGGACACUUCCAAAGCAAAAGGUUUUUGGACCAUAACCAGGACUUCAGGGUUUCUCAUUAGUGGAAGUUGUUGACUUUCACACUGUGUUUUUCCCCCCAAGAGUACCAUCUUCAAAAUUGUGCAUUCACUUUUCAGUGACUCUAGUCCCAGAUCAUCACUUGAAGUAUUUACAUCAGUGAGCAGCUGCUUGUGGGAGGAAUCUGCAGAACAUCUCAUGGUCAAACCUUUCUUCUGGUGACCAGUUUCCACCCUAGUGCUCAAUGUGCUGCCUUCCCUUAACUGGUUACCCACAGACUGGGCAUCUGUUUCAUUUCAUCUCGUGCAGACCUGUAGUUCCUCCACUGGAAAGGGUGAAACAAAAGUCUAAAACUGGACUUGCAAGUAAAACAAUCUCCAGCAUCUUUCCUUUGCUGUUGUACUGUGUUGUGUCACUUGUCACUUCCUACUCUGAAGGACUUUCCUACUGGGACACUCCUAAAUGUUCUUAACUAUUUUUAGUUCCUGUAAGUUGUCAGUGUCUUGCUAACGGUUUUCUUAAAAGUUUUUCCUUCUGUCAGUCAUGUUAGAAGGAAGGCACCCUUUGUUUGACCUUGAAUGUGAUCCUGAAUGAGUAAGCCCUUAGCCAAUGUGUGAUGAGUUUAAACUCAACUACCAACGUUAACAAGGUCUGGUCUAGUAAAAAUAUGCAAAGGAAAAUGGAUCUUAAGUAUAAUACUCUGAAUCAUUCCCUCUAUGAAAGUCUUCCCACUCGCAUAGACAUUUUAAGGUCUCUUAGCCUGGUUCCUGGUCAUGGGCUGAACAAAUGGGGGCAGCCAUUUCUCAUUCCAGGUACACUGUACCUAAACCGGAUGCUAAGUCUUAUUCAUCAUCCUGCAUGCAGGGUCAGUGUCAAAACUUACGUUAAAGACUUAUUCAGUACACUAAUGGACUCUGGACUUUUUUCAAAGGACUCUGAUCCUCUGAAUUGGUAGCACCACCGGAGUUAUCCUUUUUGAUAAAAAGGAUUUUUGUUCCUGAUACAGGAGCACUGUGGCACUUCCUGUAUAUAUUAUAUAUUUUUUUGUAUACAUUUGUGUAAAGUUGAUGUGUGUAAUGCAGUAGAGCAUCUUAUAUUUUAUAGGAUUGAGUACAUUGAUAAAGAUUCAUAAGGGGGUUGUGAGAGAACAUGUGCUCUCAAUCCAGUGGGGGAGCAUGAACCUGGAAUGCACUGGAAGCUUACCUUGUAAUGUUACUGCCAUGACGACAGACUGUCAAAGACCUGUGUCACAAUUAAAGUCUCCUUAACUGAAGGAAAAGAUCUAGGCAUGUCUGGGGGCAGGAUUGGGUAUCUGGAAUGAAGGACUUAUGAAAACAUGUCAUUAAACGUCAGUGAAUUGGGGAAAUGCUGUUACGAUUAACUCUUGUUGAAUACUGGUUUAGUCACUAAACACCCAUCUCUUGCAGAGUGCAGUAGCACUAGCGCUUUUCACUGAGCUAGUAUCAUCCCUAUGGUGGAAUUACUAGUACAGCCAGCCUGUGCUUAUUGGGCUGAGGCCUAAAUCUUUACCCUCUAAUGUUGUCUGCUUUUCUUAUGCCACUUUCAGUGUUACCACCGAUGGAACAGCUGCACUACUCCGGAACCAAGGGUGGUGCAAAAUCUUGUAAACCUGGAUUCAUUAGAAUUGUGGCGCACAUAACUUGCACAAUAAAGCUUAGAGCUGGGGGGAGGAGCUAGGAAUUCUUGUCAAGCUAGUCUGUGCAUUCUAUACCUCCUCUGGCUUGAGUCACAAAUGUACUUUGGGAGGGUGUGCUAUACUUUUUUUUUUUUUUCCUAGGGGAGAGCUCCCAUGGGCUAGAACUAUGCUGCUUCAGUUGUCUGAGUGGUGGCACGUUACCACCAUCUCAUCUCUUGAUUCUCUCCCCUCCACAAGAAGGAUGCCAUUCCAAAAUGGAUGUCUUAAAUACUUGUGAUAGCUGAAAAAGCAAAUGGCUACAGACUGUACUUCAUAACAAUGAUACUGCUAUUUAAAACUACUCACCUCAUGCUUGUUUCUACUACCUUUUACUAUCCUUGCUUAUAUUUAAGGCUAAGAUUUUAUCAGGAAUAUUUUUAGUAAGUCAUAGGUCACUGGUAAAAAGAGAAAUUCAUGGAAGUUGUGAGCUGUCUGUGACUCUUACUUAAAAUAUCCCUCACAAAAUGGGGAUGUGGGGUUCCCUAUACUGCCUGAAGCAGUCAGCUGUGCAGGGGUUACAGGAUGGUACUGUGGCAGUUUGGAGCUCCAGGGACCACUAGAGGUGACAGGAGUAUCCUGUAGCUCCUGACCACUGUAGGCUGAAGUCACAGAGGUAGCUGGAAGUCAGAUUCUGUGACUAAACUGUAGCCUUACUUAUAUUGUGUAAACACUCCCCUGGGGGGCAGAAGCCCUGACACUAUGGGCAGAACUGGGGCCAUGGAGGGCAUUUCCCCUCCCCCCCCC